AGAAUAUAUAGAGAGAGCUCUCAUAAAAACACCUACAAACUAUUUCAUUUGAAAUUAAAAUGUACAAGCAUAACCAUUUAUAUUUAAAAAGUACAUCAUCAAAUAUAAUUAACACAACAAUCUCAUAUUUAGAAAGUGAGUUGGUUUACAAAAUAUGGCAAUGUGUGAAUUUUUUAAUGAUUUUGAAAAAUUAGAAGUGAUUUUAUUUUAGUUAAAUGUAAUGUUGCUAUUAGUCUUUGUUUAGAAGUUGUCACCUUUUGUUAAAGGAGACACAUAGAGGUGAUGUAUAAUUUUAUUAAACUUCUAACUGUGUUUCACAACAAUACAUUAGUGUAUGUACGCUCCUCCUUUACUUGUUAAAUUAAUAUGAUUGUAAUAGCAUUGGACAUUUACACGAACGCGAUGGCGCGUUACUAAACUAGUUUAAUAAUAAGCACGGUCAAGAGUUAUUCAAGGAUCCUGGAAUCAUGAUCAUGGAAUAACCGAUACUUGACUUACUUCCCAUUGGUAUGAUUAUAUCGUUUUUUCUGAUUUCUAAAAGAGUAGUGGGCUGCUCAUCAUUAAUCCUCCUGAAGCCAUAAAUAUACCUGUCAAAAGGAGAGCACGAACUCCUUAAUUUUUCUUCUCUUCUACUUGCUCACAAAAUAUUACAACAGAGAGGCAUUUUCCUCUGCUUUAUCCAUACGUGUUCUUGUCUAAAGGAGUGUCCUUUUCUUUUCAAUGGGAAAAGUUAAGAUCUGCAAAGUUCAUAAUCUAUAAUUCAUUCUUUUCGAGCUCAUUACUUCUUAAGGCAUUUUGGGCAACGAUCCAAGGUUUCAGUCAAGAUAGCUACAAAUCUGAAACGUGGUAGGAUUAUCCUGGGAGCGAGCUAGCCAGACCCGUCCGAAUAGCUAUCGGGAUACGGGGGCUAUCUUUCUUCAAGGCCAGUCCGUUUUAACGGGCGAUCCUGCGAUAAGUUUUCUUAUCCUUACUUUUUAUUUAUUUUGACUUAUUCUAAUUAUUAUUAUUAUUAUUAUUAUUAUUAUUAUUAUUAUUAUUAUUAUUAUUAUUAUUAUUAUUAUUAUUAUUAUUAUUAUUAUUAUUAUUAUUAUUAUUUUGUUCUUGCAUCUGGUGGUUUGUCUAGUGAUGUGUUCAAACUCGGGAUUUUUAUCUGGUUAAACUCGCAUUUUAAUAUCAUUUUCUAACAAUCUUGAAGAAAGAUAUUAUUUCUCGAGUUUUGAAAAAUCCAAAAAUGGCAAACUUGGAAAGUGCUGUUAACAAUGAAACUGUUGGUUUAGAGAAUGCUUUUGUCGCCCCUGAAAAUGACAAUUCUGUGUUUGUCACUAAUUCACAAGGCACACCUGAAUAUAUUGCUACGGGCUCGCACAGGGUGGAUUUAACCGGGAUGCCCGAAAAAUUUUCUGGGCAUUUUUUCAAGCGUUGGCAACAACGCAUGAAAAUUUGGUUAAUCACCAAGGGCUUGCUUUCAAUGAUUAUGACGGUGUGUCCUCCGGUUGUCGAAUCUGAUCCCAAAAGUCUUGAACGUCAUGGACUUUGGCUUGAGAGGGACGAAAUUGCAAAAGACAUGAUUCUCAUGGGUUUAUCCGACAUGUUAUCUGAUGUCUAUUGCACCCUCCAUGGGACGACCAAAGACCUUUGGGAUGAGUUAGAUAGAAAAUAUAAUACUGAUGACCACGAUCUUGAAAAAUAUAUUGUUUCUAAAUUCUUACGAUUUGACAUGAAAGAAGGAAAAUUGGUUUUAGAACAGACACAAGAAUUUGAGCUUAUCUUACAUUCUCUUCGUGAAGCGGACAUGGAAUUGCCUGAAAAAAUUUAAAGUGAUGGCGGUGAUAGAAAAAUUUCCCAAAUCAUGAGAAGAUUUUGGCAUGACUUUAAAACAUAAAAUGAAAAAGAUCACGUGGAAAUCUUUGAUGCAUUCCAUUACUGUUGAGGAGGAACAUAAGAAAGCGGGUUAUAUUGCACCUGUUGAAUUUCAACCGAAGGUUCAUGUUAUAACUGGGGGAAAGCAAGCACAUAACUCUAAAAAUAAGCAACCAUCAUCUAUUAAACAAAUAAAGGCCAAAUUAAACAUUGCAAAGAAACCAAAGGCAAACCGACCAUGCUGGAACUGUGGACAGAUGGGGCAUUGGGCCAAAUUAUGUCCAAAUAAAAAGGCCAAGGCUCAAUCUGGGGAACCUCAAGUCAACAUGGUGACUGGAGGGACUAGUUCUAAUGGUUGGAAGAACACUGAUGAUGGAGAACACAAGUGCUGCAAGUGUGCAAGGAAUUGGAAAAGUAGAAAUAAAAUUCUCUUCAGGAAAAAUUCUAUCUUUGCAUGGAGUGCAUCACGUUCCCGAAAUUAGAAGGAACAUCGUUAGUGGUUUCAUUCUAGUUAGGGAGGGUUAUGAGUUGUCUUUUAAAUUAAAUAAAGUUGUAAUUUUAUUUGGUGGAACUUUUAUUGGCAAGGGUUACUUGUCUGAUGGACUUUUUAAAGUUAUGGUUGAUUAUUUAGAAUUAAAUUAUGUAUCUGAGAAUUGUGAUUCUCAACUUUAUGACAUUAUCGUUUGGGUCACGUUAAUUUAGAUUCUGUGAAAAGAAUGAUGAAUUUAAA